GUGCUUCAUUACCACAGCUGUAUUUACGCUCUCACUCUCAGCUCUGCAAACUGUAGACCUAAAACCCAGUGAGAACUUUCUUGUUACGUUUGGAUUUAAACUCUUUGUUUUGCAACAUUAGAAGAGUUUGGAUUUUUUUUUUCUUUUCAGAAAAACCUGGUCUCCUAAUCGCCUGAGGUCCUCUACAACUUCAUCCAUCCUACAGAAACACUAAUGCUGCUCAGCAGCUGAGCAGGAUGACGUCCCUGUGGAUCUGUGUGGUCCUGUUUCUUUUUUGUUCCUUAUGUGAUCUGACAAAGUGCUUGGACCCCAGAGACCCCAAUGUGUGCAGUCUAUGGGAAAGUUUUACCACCUCAGUGAAGGAGUCGUAUGCGCAGCCAUUUGAUCAAGUUUAUGAGGAACCCUGCUCGGAACCAUGGAGCUCCAACAAAUGUGUUCGACACCGGAUAACGUAUAAAACAGCUUAUCGCCAGUCAGUUAAAAUGGACUAUCGUAGGAGGUAUCAGUGUUGCCCCGGAUUCUAUGAAAGCAGACACAAAUGUGUUCCACGAUGCACCAAGGAGUGUGUCCAUGGACGGUGUGUUGCCCCGGACCGCUGUCAGUGUGAAGGUGGUUGGAGAGGAGAUGAUUGUUCCAGCGCAUGCGAUGCUCUGCACUGGGGCCCAGGCUGCAGCAAACAGUGCCAGUGUCAGAAUAAAGGCCAGUGUGAUGUGCUGACUGGAUCCUGCCUCUGUCCUCCAGGCUAUACUGGCUCACACUGCCAGGACCCAUGUCCAAAGGAGUACUUUGGUCCUGGCUGUGCACAGCAUUGCCAGUGUGGGACAGGCGGCUCAUGUAAUCAAGAAACAGGAGAGUGUGUGUGUAGAGAAGGAUUUACUGGGACACUAUGUGACACUCCAUGUGUGAGGACAAGCCGGUGUCCAGCUCGCUGUUCAUGCCAGAAUGGUGGCAUCUGCCAGGGAAAGGGAGUGUGUCUGUGCCCUUAUGGAUGGACGGGACCAGUGUGUACAGAGCGAUGUCCUAAAGGAAAAUUUGGCAUAAAUUGUUCUAAGGAUUGUUUGUGCCAUAACGGUGGCCACUGUGACCCAGGGACAGGGCUCUGUCAGUGUGCUCCUGGUUUCACUGGUGAGAGGUGUAAUGAAGAGUGUGCAGUAGGAAGCUAUGGGCAGGACUGUAAGGGUGUGUGUGACUGCACUAAUGGUGCGCGCUGCUAUCACAUCGACGGCGGAUGCUUAUGUGAGCCGGGUUUCAGAGGACCACAGUGCUCUCAGAGGAUGUGCAGUGAUGGAGUGUUUGGCAUGCACUGUGAACAGAGCUGCCUUUGUGACCACCAGCACACUCUCAGUUGUCAUCCCCUGAAGGGAGAGUGCACGUGCCAGCCAGGGUGGGCGGGGCUCUUCUGUAACGAGACCUGUGCUCAUGGUUACUAUGGGAGUGGUUGCCUGGAGCCCUGCCUGUGUUUAAAUGGCGGAGUGUGUGAUACUGUGAGCGGUGUGUGUCACUGUUCUCCGGGAUACACUGGACGACACUGUGACAGGCACUGUGAGAGUGGCUUCUUCGGAAAAAACUGCUCCUUUAAGUGUACCUGCAAAAAUGCUAUUUCCUGCUCUCCUGUAGAUGGAACCUGCUUCUGUAAAGAGGGGUGGAGGGGACCAGACUGUUCCAUUCCAUGUUCAGAGGGGACAUGGGGUCCGAGCUGCAACGCCACAUGCCAAUGUGCUAACAAGGCUCAGUGCAAUCCAUCCGAUGGCUCCUGCACAUGCACAGCUGGAUGGAGAGGAGAUCUAUGUGACCAGCCCUGCCCUGUGGGAAACUUCGGCCCAGACUGCCAGCACAAAUGUGACUGCUUUCACGAUGAAGGUUGCCAUAGUGUUACAGGACAGUGCCAGUGCCUGCCAGGCUGGACGGGACCACGUUGCAGAGAGCAAUGUCCACAAGGCCGAUGGGGCCAUCAGUGUAAUCAGAGCUGCUCGUGCCUCAACAGCGCCUCCUGUCAGCCCCACAAUGGUGUCUGCAUGUGUAAACCUGGUUACUGGGGAUCCCAGUGUCAGCAUGAGUGCAGUCAGGGUGUCUAUGGGGAAAAGUGCAGUCAAACUUGCCCUGCUUGUGUCCACUCCACCUCCUGCCAUCACAUCACAGGCCAAUGUGUGUGUCUACCAGGCUAUACAGGACCAUUGUGUGAGCAAGUUUGUCCAGUUGGUCACUUUGGUAAGCAGUGCAGUGGUGUGUGUAGAUGUGCCAACAAUGCCACAUGUCAUCAUCAGGAUGGAUCAUGUCACUGUCUCCCAGGCUGGACUGGAUCAGACUGCUCUGUUUUGUGUAAAGGAGGGACAUUUGGAACUAACUGUAAUCAGAUGUGUUCAUGCACCCCUAACCAUUCAUGUGACCCUCACACUGGUACGUGUGUAUGUGAGCCUGGACCUGGAGUGGACUGUGCACAAGAGCGUGUGGUGAGUGUGAUGGUACCUGUGUCUCCGGUGGAGAAAGACUCUUGGGGGGCGAUUGUGGGCAUUGUGGUCCUACUUGUCCUUGUGGUGGUACUGCUGGCACUACUGCUACUCUACUAUCGACGCAGGCAAAAGGAUAAACAGACCAACACGCCCACCGUGUCCUUCUCCUCUACCCGCAAUGUCACGUCUGAGUACGCCGUGCCAGACGUUCCGCACAGUUACCACCACUACUACUCAAACCCCAGCUACCACACCCUGUCCCAGAACAGACUUCCUUUACCCCAAAUCCCUAAUAACCAGGACCGGCUUGUCAAGAACACCAAUAAGCAGCUAUUCUAUAGUCUGAAGAAUAUGGAGCGGGAGAGAAGAGGCUUAUUUGGAAUGGAAUCUAAUGCUACUUUACCUGCUGACUGGAAACACCAGGAACCUCCUAAAGACCAAGGAGCAUUUGGAAUAGACCGUAGUUAUAGCUACAGUGCCAGUCUUGGGAAAUACCACAACAAACAUUUGAAGGAUUCCUGCAUUGCUGUAAGCAGCACUUCUCUAAACAGUGAAAAUCCAUAUGCCACCAUUAAAGACCUGCCUGGUCUUCCUCCAUGCCCUCCUGAGUGCAGCUACAUGGAAAUGAAACCUGCUGUGCCUCCUGAGAGAUCCUACACUGAGCUCCGGCAUCCAGGCAUCCCUUCCACCAGUUUCUCCUGUAGAGAACAAUGUCCUCUUGGAAACGUUCCAGAGCUGGAUCCUCAGAACCAUUACGACCUGCCAGUCAACAGUCACAUACCGGGACAUUAUGACCUGCCACCAGUCCGCAGGCCUCCCUCACCAUCGCCACGCAGACAGGCUAACUAAUCGCAGCCGCAACACACACACAUGGCUUAAAACACAGCGAAUGACAUGUUCCUAAAGCACAACCACUGCCAGUUUCACCGCUGUAUUUUCCAUACAUGAGUAGAGAGGACGAAAAACUGCUCCUGCAUGGACAGGGGCUUACGAGAGCAAUACACACACCCAACUGUAUAGCAUCUGCAAAAUGUCAGGAGAACUUGCACAUCCAUCCUAAGCACACUUUAUACUGAGAUCAGCAUGUGGGUCAAAUGAACUGGUUUCAAUAACUUCCUGCAGCAGCACAACACUGCCAUCUGGUGGACGUUAAAUCCUUUUUUUUUUCAACGCAUGAAUUUGUAAUAGGUGUUAAAUGCUUUUCAUGUUAAUAACUAAGUUAUGCUUUCAUAUUAUUUGGGGAAAAGCAAUUCUCGAAUAAAAUACAGCAAUCAUGGUUUAAAUAUUCCGUUUUCAUUACAGCUACAUAAAGCUUGUCUUGAAAGGUUGUACAAUGUUCACCAAAUCUACGUUUGUAGAGUCUCAAUUUUCAGUGUCAUAAAUUGUAAAUAAUGUAAAUAAACUGGAGGUUUUUAUGCA